UUUUUUUAUUUUUCAAUCCAGGAAAUGAUGAGACGCACUUUACGGGAAGAGGGAUCCUUACCAACAUCGCCAACUAACAGCAGCUCUGAUGGAACCUCUUCAACUCAUACUAGCAUAGAUCCCUUUUUGGGUGGUGAUUCUGAUUUCCAUUCUCGUCAGGAAAGUGGUGAUAGUGGUUUAGGUUUAGGUACAAAUUACAGUCUGCCAAACACCCCAGAAGAUUACUUGAUGGGAAUGGAAGAAGGAGCUGAAGAUGUAUUGUUAGACAUUGCUGAACUGAAUUUAGAGCCUAUUCCAGGAACAGCUUUGGGUAUUGUUCCUGAAAAUAUGGAUUCUGAAGAUCUAGUACCAAGUCUACAAGAAGAGUUCAAUGCUGAUAUCUUGUCUGAUGUUGAAGCUAUUUUAACUAAAGAAUCGGGUAUGAAAUGGCUGUAAAAUGCAUGGUCAUACAGAUAUUCAAGAAUCUUGUGCAUGAGCUCAAAUUAUUUUUAAAAAUCUCGGCUCACUCCUUUAGUAACAAUAAUUAAGUUUUGUGCCUUAAUCUCGUGCCUUCUCAAGUUAUAAAAGAAGAUAUCAUUUUCAAGUGUGCAUUUGUGAUUCUUUAAUUAUGGUCUGUGUCUGUGAAUAUUUUGUAAUCUAUGUUGAAUCUUUUUUUUUAUGUUUAAUGUUUUUUAUUGUGAAGGGAAAUGUUUGUGACUGUUAUGUGAAUUUUUUUCUCUGUUGUUGCUUUUAUGCAACAUUUACUCAAUGAACAAAAUGCACUGUACUAGGAAUAUUCAUCAUCUGUUAUUGUUGUAGCCAGCCAUGGAAUGGUAGCUCACAUGUGCCAUUUGAUUUUUGUCCGUGUUUUUAUAUUUUUUAGAAAAUUGUUUUUACCAUUGUUUUUUAAUUAUUAUUAUAGCCCUUUUUAGGAAAAUAUAUACAUCUUUGUUGUGUUUUUCAUCAAUUAGUUCACUCCUGUAUGAUCAGAUACUUUCUAGCUCUGAGCUGUUUGCCCCAUAUGCAGUCAGUUCCAAUUAACCAGGGAAAUUACAUCCACAAUUAAUUCAAAAUCACAAUUAAUCCAGUUCCAGUUAAUAAUACUCAGGAAAGAGGAAUAAUACAUUUUAUAAUUAAUAGAUAAAUGCUGCUAACUACUUACUUGUGUUUUUAAGCAGUUUAAUCUGGUGAAUGCUCAUUCAAUUAUGUGAAUUUAAUCAGUGUUCAAAAUAAAACAAAAAGAACACUGUAAAUAAUGAGGAAUGAACAUCAUUUAAGAAUGAGGAAACUGUAUUAGAAAUAGCAUUAAAGAACAGUAUUCACAAGGUUAGGUUAUUUAGCUAUGACAAUGUAGAGGGGGGGAGGCAUCUGCCUAAUGAUAGGGAUGCUAUCGUAGAAGUGUUUAAGGAAAACUAGCUUAUGUUCAUUUUAGAUAGGAAGGAAAACACAUAUGCAAGCCUAUUUGCGUAGGGCAGAGAUUCCCAACUUGUUUCUUUGUUUCUUGCUUCAAUCUCUUUUAAAAGAAUAGUUUUUUUCAUCGACCCCCUUACAGUUUUCUCUGUUAAUAUAUAAUAGCAUGCAAGAUAAUAAUAAUGAUUGUGCAUAAAUAAAUUGGAUAACAGUUAGACUAAGACUAUGAACAAAAGUUUUGAAAAAAUUCCAAAGUUUAGUCAGCUUAUGUGUUUUGAAUAAGACUUGAUUUAUUUGUAUAAUAAAACCUUAUACAGUCAAAAGUCGUUAAUCCGGACCUCAAAGCUACAUACUGUUCUUUAAUGCUAUUUCUGCGCAUGCCUCAACGUAUUAUGCGUUGACGCAUGCGCAUUUAAUGUAUAAUGGACAGUAUAAGCUAAGCUAAAAUUAUCUAAUUAUCUAUUUCAGUUAAUGUUGCAGAUUGCGUUGUACCUUAAUCUUCAAAUUGGAUCC